CAUGCAAAAGAUGCCCUUAGUCUUGCCCAGAUGCAAGAGCAGACCUUGCAGCUGGAACAGCAAGCAAAACUUAAGGAGUAUGAAGCUGCCAUUGAACAACUGAAGAAUGAACAGAUACGGGUACAAGCAGAAGAGAGACGAAAAACGCUCAGUGAAGAAACAAAACAGCAUCAAGCACGAGCCCAAUACCAGGACAAAUUGGCAAGGCAGCGCUAUGAUGAACAGAUGCGACAGCAGCAACUUGCUAAUGAGGAGAAUCUGAGGAAGCAGGAAGAAUCUGUACAGAAGCAGGAAGCCAUGAGGCGUGCUACUGUAGAGCGAGAGAUGGAGCUACGGCAUAAGAAUGAAAUGCUGCGUGUCGAGGCGGAGGCAAGAGCCCGUGCCAAGGCUGAGCGGGAGAAUGCAGACAUCAUUCGGGAGCAGAUCCGCUUAAAAGCUGCUGAGCAUCGCCAAACGGUGUUAGAGUCCCUCAAGACAGCUGGGAUGCUCUUUGGGGAAGGAUUCCGUGCUUUUGUAACAGACUGGGAUAAAGUUACGGCCACGGUGGCAGGACUAACGUUGCUGGCAGUGGGUGUUUACUCUGCCAAGAAUGCCACGGCAGUAGCAGGGCGAUAUAUAGAAGCACGUUUGGGCAAACCUUCCCUGGUGAGAGAAACCUCGCGCAUUACUGUGCUGGAAGCACUGAAGCAUCCUAUCAAGGUGGGUAAGCGUCUUACCAGCAAGGCUCAGGAUGCCCUUGAAGGGGUUGUUCUCAGUCCACAGUUAGAAGCACGUGUGAGAGACAUUGCCAUAGCAACAAGAAAUACAAAAAAGAACAAAAGCCUAUACAGGAAUAUUCUUAUGUAUGGUCCCCCUGGCACUGGAAAGACGCUCUUUGCCAAGAAACUAGCGGUGCAUUCAGGCAUGGAUUAUGCCAUCAUGACGGGUGGUGAUGUUGCUCCCAUGGGGCGGGAAGGAGUUACUGCCAUGCAUAAACUCUUUGACUGGGCAAACACCAGUAGGAGAGGCCUCUUGCUAUUUGUGGACGAAGCGGAUGCGUUUCUGCGGAAGAGGGCAACAGAGAAAAUCAGUGAAGAUCUCAGAGCAACUUAUUUUUUCAGAACAGGGCAGCACAGCAACAAGUUUAUGCUUGUUUUAGCAAGCAACCAGCCUGAGCAGUUUGAUUGGGCUAUCAAUGACCGAAUAGAUGAAAUGGUGAACUUUGAUCUACCCCAGCUAGAAGAACGGGAGCGGCUUGUGAGAAUGUAUUUUGAUAGGCAUGUCUUGAAGCCAGCCACAGAGGGUAAACAGCGUUUGAAGCUGGCCCAGUUUGACUAUGGGAAAAAGUGCUCAGAGAUUGCCAGGUUGACAGAGGGCAUGUCUGGCCGAGAGAUCUCUCAGCUUGCUGUGGCAUGGCAGGCUGCAGCUUAUGCAUCAGAGGACGGUGUUCUUACAGAGGCCAUGAUCGAUGCUCGAGUAGCUGAUGCUGUGCAGCAACACAAACAGAAGAUGGAGUGGCUGAAAACAGAGGGUGCUGAAGCAAGCAAAGGGACUGGCAGAAACCCACUUCUGCCUUUCCCCAAAGGAACACCAGUGUGAGAAGUCUGCAGGCUUCAGACCAGCAUGUGUGGGAAGUGGGCAUGGGAGAAAGCUGGGAGGGUCUUCUGGGCAAAUGUUUGGUGGGAUCAUGUGUUGAGAGAAACGUGUCCAUUGGUGCAAGGGAGGGGAUACUGCCUCGGUCUG